UAAGGUUUAAGUUAUCCUUUUUUCCAGUUGACAAAUAUGAACUACUUGUAUAUCAAGCUUAAAAGUGGUCUCGUUCUCUGUGUGGCAUAUUAAAUAGUAUGUGUGUUAAUGGAAAUAGCACAAACAUCGGAAUUUAACGAUCGUGAUUCACAGUUGUCAAUACUCAGUGAAUAAUGCCAGACUUAAUGUCAAUAUGAAUGUGCCAUGCGUAGUAGUGAUUCUGUUAGUUUGCUUCAAAGGAGUUUUAGGCAAUGAUUGUGGCAAUAUCAAUUAUUCACAACCAGCUUUCAAAGGGAGAAAUGUUACAUUAUUCUACAAGCCAAUCGAAUUCUCGUUUUCUGAAAAACCUACAUUUUUCUACAUAAGGGGAACUAAUUGGAAACUUCUUUCAUCAACCAUUGUGUCAAAUUUAACGUCGGGCGUCUUUACUACGGUGUUUGACACAAAGCUUUCGAAUGUUGGACAACUAUAUGCAAAAUAUGGUUCAUGCUACAGUGAAACAAUUCAUCUCAACUUACAAGACCUUUCUGGGGGAUGUGGAUAUAUUUAUCUUCGAACACCGAAUCCUGUUGUGGGUAAGAACGUUGAAAUAGGAUAUUAUCCUGCACCGGCGGUGAUUGGGCUCACUGGUGAAUACAGUCGUGAGUGGUAUAAUGAAUCAUCAAGAUCUUUAAUGACCUUGACGGAGGGUCUGUUGACUGAGGAAGAAUUACCCAAUAAAGAAUUUGUCCUGACCAUUUAUAACUCCACUCGGUGGACGACGGGAAAUUACAGUGUGAAAUGUACGAAAAGUACCACCAACAGGCUCUCUACCGAACGUGUCUAUGUUAAGGUGACAGUUCCGCCUGGCCAGCCAUUUCUUCAGUCACCAAAUAUCGUCCAGGAUUGUCCCAAAUGCCUGGUUGGCAUCUUACAUGAAAAUCUCUACUACCAUGUUUUUUGCAAUACAUCUGGGGGCACGACACCCUCCAUAUAUGUCGGAGAUGAGGGAGGUACAGUGUAUAACGACACACAGUUCGAGAAUAUUUACAAAAUUUCUCGAAUUAUACGCGAAGAAGAUCAUAUGAAGACCGUAACCUGCAGUGUGUCGAACGCAGCGCUUGAAAACCCGUUAACAACGUCGGCUAAAUUCUUCGUUGCAGUAAAACCUGAGGUUCCAGUUCUGAACGUACCUAUCUUACGAGAUGGAAAUCCUGCAAAUAUCACGUGCAUUUCAAGAGGAGGGAGACCCGCCACAAACUUAAGUCUCUGGUUGGAUGAAGCGAACUAUUCAGUAGACCAUGUAAAGACUUACAAAACUUACUCGACAAGAACAUAUUCAACAAUUUUAACUUUUAACAACCCUGCCAGAAAGGAUUGGAAUAGAAAGUUUGUGUCUUGCGUAUCAUCUUCACCCUUAUUUGGGAAAACAGUGACACAACAAAAGACACUUAAUUGCAUAUAUCCCCCAACGAUGCUGACAAUGGUAGCACCAACUAUAACAAGCUAUUUGCAGGACAGCUAUACUCUCAAGUUCAGUUGCUUGACGGACACAUACAAUGACAAUUGCUUUAUAUCCUGGACAAAAGAUGGCCAACUACAUCAUGCAAACACAUACUGGACAGACAAAAUACAUGAUUCACAUUUAAUGGUGUUUGCGAAUGUCAGCAAAGAAAACAAUGGUCAAACUGUUACCUGCAGCGUCAAUUGCUCCAACUUUGAUGUUCAACUAUCCAAGUCGCAUACUUUACAAGUACCAUAUAAACCGAGUGUUAGCUUGUCGGUUCAAAACAAAGUAUGGCUAAAUGCUCAUGACACUACCAGCGUAAUUUGCACGGCAAAGAGCCAACCACUUUCGGAUAUUGUUUGGUCGGUUAACGGAGACACACAACUCCUCGUUUGCAAUAAGUCCAUAGAAUGUGAGAUUCAUACACUGCCAAUAGAAACAGAUGAACACAGAAACUAUAUAUGCACAGCUUAUUUCGAAUUUGGAGACUAUGACACAAUUGCAACCAUUUCAUUUCUUGCAAUUGGAAGAGCUUCGACACAAAAGACAUAUGAAAUUCCAAAUGAAAGUGAAGAUGCGUCAUUGACCAACAGAAACGGUAUACCAAUAGUGUGGAUAGUCAUUGGGUUGAGCGUUAUUAUUGCGGUUGUCAUUAUAUCAACGGUCAUUGUAUUGGCCAGAAAACGGUUUUUAAAGAAGAAUCAUCACGCAAAUUCAAGCGAACCUCAGCCUGUCCAACAUGCCAACGUGCAGGGGAAUGAAACAGUAGAAAUGAACGAAGAGGUUAUAUACGCCCAAGUUAACAAAGUCAGGACAAAUAGGACGGAAACAUUGGGGCCUAAAACGAAGGGUUCAGAUACUAACCUAGUGUAUGCAGAUAUAGACAUCGAACAUUUGGAGACGGCCAGCAAACCACCUUCGAGAGAGAGGCCGCCAAGUCCGACAGAAUAUGCUGAAAUUCAUACUAUCAGAACAGAACGUGGAUCAAACAGUGACAAUAUUAUUACCUCAAGUCAGGGAAAAUAAUAAGUUUACAUACGUGCCAAUAAGCUGAUGUAUUCAAAUAUAACAUAUUUCUGAAUAUUAAAAUUAUUAAUUGAUUUAAGUCAUAAAUCAAUCUGAGAAAUGGCAUUUACCAUUUGAUUUACAUUCGGUAAAAAAGACAUGUGUAGGGAAUUUCAGCGAAAUCAGUCCCACUGAUAGCAAUAUUUUAAGAGUUUUGAGAUUUCCAAACAAAUAAUAUGUAUAUACAUGAUUAUACUAAUUUACUUUAACUCGAUUGUGAAGACGUUGCUUGUUUAACUUGUUAAAAGUAUUCAGUUUUGAUUUAUCUUAAUCAAACUUAUAAGUUGUUAAAGAGGUAAAUUUCAGUUUAAAAAAGACAACCUGUACUUAAGAGAAUGCAGUGGGUUUUUUUUCUUACCUUUGGUAAAAAGUGUUGAAUGAUUUUUAGCUCUACAACCCAAGGGCCAGAAGAGCUUAUGCCAUGUCGUGGUGUCCGUUCGUCCGUCCGUGUGUCCGUAAACGAUUGCUCAUGAACGCGAAAUUUUUGAGUGUAUCUCAAUCAAACUCAUACAGUUUAAAUGAGACCUCAAUUUCUCUUUUAAACUAGCCAUAUCCGCAUUAGCAUGAGUAAAGUAUGGCCCUUGAAAUGGUAUAGCCCUAGCAGAAGAAUACUCUAAGGGAGGCAAACUGUACAGAGAGUUGUGUAGAAUUGUAGUGAUUCUCUCCUUUUGCCGUCUGUUAACCAUGAGGAUCAUUGAUUGCUUUCCUCUGAAUGUGGGCUCAGCAAAGUGCCUGUAAUUUGUAUAUACAUUAUUUGGGUAAAAACAAAAACACCAAAAAAGUCCAGACGGUGGAGCAUAGGACAUCAUGGGCAUUUUGUUAUACUUUUACUUAAAAUAUAUGGGCGCCUUGUAAGAUGUUUUGUCUUUACCAUCUUUGUAAUGAUGUAUUUGUACAGUCUUGUUUUUGUAAAUACUUGUAUUUGUGUAUUCUUGUGUUCAAUUCACUGUUUGAACUAUAAAAUAUUCAUUAUAGGGUAUUUUAAUAAAGUUUA